UCAACAUCACUGACUGAUCUGUAAUGCUAAUUCACUAAUCCCUCACCUGCCAGCAUGCCUCAUCUCAACAUUACUGCUGUUUUAUCAAACCUGACCCACAGACCAGAAUCGGGGAACCUGUACCGGCCAUUCUCUGUAUUCAGCGUCCUCACGCUCACACUUCUAGCCAUGCUUGUAGUGGCUACGUUCAUUUGGAACCUUCUCGUUUUGGUGACCAUUUUAAGAGUCCGAACUUUCCACCGUGUCCCUCACAACCUGGUGGCCUCGAUGGCCAUCUCAGAUGUGAUGGUUGCCGGACUGGUGAUGCCGCUGAGCCUCGUCCGGGAACUUUACGGCCGCCGGUGGAUCCUCGGAAAAGCGCUUUGCCAAGUCUGGAUUUCUUGUGACGUUUUGUGCUGCACGGCCAGCAUCUGGAACGUGACCGCCAUUGCGCUUGAUCGCUAUUGGUCCAUCACACGCCACCUUGAGUAUACACUCAAGACGCGGAAAAGGAUAUCCAACGUGAUGAUCGGACUCACAUGGCUGCUCUCGUCUGUCAUAUCCUUGUCGCCACUCUUCGGUUGGGGGGAAACGUAUUCCGAGGAGGAUCUGUCGUGUCAAGUGAGCCAGGAACCGUCGUAUACGGUCUUCUCUACCUUUGGUGCUUUUUAUUUGCCCCUCUGUGUUGUGCUGUUUGUGUACUGGAAGAUCUACAAAGCUGCGAAGUUUCGCAUUGGCUCCCGCAAGACCAACACCAUCAUGCCAAUGGCAGAGAUUAUUGAGGUGAAGGAGGCUGUGGAACAGCCUCAGAUGGCGUUCAGCGUCCGUCACGCAGCUGUGUCGUUUCAACCUGAUGGCGAGACAUGGCGCGAGCAGAAGGAACGUCGCGCUGCAUUAAUGGUAGGAAUCCUAAUCGGAGUCUUCGUGCUCUGUUGGAUCCCAUUCUUCCUGGCCGAACUCAUCAUCCCACUGUGCUCCUGCGACAUCCCGCCCGUCUGGAAGAGCGUCUUCCUCUGGCUCGGAUACUCCAACUCGUUCUUCAACCCACUCAUCUACACAGCCUUCAACAAGAACUACAACAGCGCCUUCAGGAACCUUUUUAGCAGGCAGCGCUGA